GUAGUGUACAAUUAAGCGCGGAAUCGUACAGUAUCCAUAGGGUCUACGAAUUGAGAGUAUGCCGGUAUAGUCAGUGUAUCGACUAUAAAACCUGCGAUGCUGAGAUUCGGAUCACCAGGUAAACUCAAUCACUUACCUGUGAUGACGAAAUUCGGAAGAUAACGAGGGAACUUGAAAGGAAUCCAAGGAGCAUGCAGUCACCAACGGAAUACGAAAUAAUGAACGGCGCAACGCUUUAGAGACCGAAAGACGCCGGCAACGUAAUGGGGAGCAACCGCGUGUAGCUGUUAUUGUAGUUGAGAUCGGAGAGGAACUGGUGGAGUUAGCCAGGUCGUGUAAUGCGUCGAGAAGAUAACCGAGGCUCUGUUAGAGCGGCAGAAUGGGUGCCAAGGCAAUAGACGAUAAACGCCCGUCGAGAGCGGCAGAAAACUUGAUCGGAUGGCGAGGCUAGAGAAAUUUGCCAGACACACGGCCGAUGCAGCAGAAGAGUAGUUAGAGACUUCUGCGAGAGCCUUUUUCGUUCUACUGUGCACACAACUAGGCUUCUCCGUUUUGCUGUUCUCUUUUAUGAGAUGAACGCAAGGGGACAUCGAGAUGUUGCACGUAAGAAGCUGAUGAUGCUGCUCUUCUGCUGCCGCUGAUUCACAACUUUGUAAACCGAACAUACAAACACGAGCUUUUCGAUAUCAAAUCAGCUCCUAUACGGGACGUACGGUCAAUGUGGCUCCUGUAUGUGAAAGAAAAUUUGCUGUUCUCGCCAAGGCCAUAUCGCUGGAACGUAUCUCCAUAUCUCCGUAUCCCUGGAACACGCGGUCCAGAUAUACGCGCGUUCUCUCCCGGUCCUGUAGACCCGUGAGCCAUGGCUCUCAGCUGCGCGGACAUUAAACGGUGCAAACAUAGAUGUCAAGCACGGCCCAGCGUUGUUACUUCAGUCUUUGUUCCACGCCCCGAUCGACCUUGACGACUGCGGCAGCCGAUCGGCAUCGGGUCGCGGCGUGGUUAUCUGAGCGAAGCCAUUAGGGACGAAGCUCUCGCAACCGGAGACCCAGUUCCCUUUCGGCAAGCCGAUGUGUCUCCGGCGGUAAUGCGACGCCAUUACGCAAUCGCGCGCUUCUCGUCGUUCGGCGCGAACCGAACUUUGCACGAACGUUUGAUCGGCUCGCGGAACGGUUGCCGCCGGAAGGAGUCGCAAUCGCAUUUACUUACUCGCGUUGUUUCGGGAUACAAAAAAGAAAGAGCGAGCCCUGGAAAAAAACUGGUUACCCUCGCCUCUCCAAAGGCGAGCGUCAAACGUCAUUGCGGAGUCCCCUCAUCCACACCCUCUCUCUCUCUCUCUCUCUUUCUCUCUCUCACGCGCACGAGUGCCGGUGAGAGAAAGGCGCGUGGGGUCCUGCUGCCCGCACGCGAGAAGACACUUUAACUGCCAGCUGGCUGCUGGGCGUGCGCUCGAUGGGACGCAUAUCAAGUAAGGCGGUGGCAGUGGCUUCUGGCAGUGUUUGGAGCACCGACCGUGGUACGACUCACGCUGGCUUGGCUUCGCUUGCUUGGCUUUAGGAAACCGCCGCGCGUGGGUGUGCGCGCUCCGGAAAUGCUGCGCGGCUGCACUUGAUAAAGCGGCGAUUUCGAGACGGAAGCGCCGGUAAAUAUUCCCGAUAUGGCCGCAGAUUCGUGUUACAUGAUGGGCGUUUUCCGGAUGGCGUGACGGAGCUUACUCCUUUACUUUGCUCUUUGUUUUCGUGCCUUAUUUUCAUUUUAAUGGUGUGUGUACCGCGUUUGUGGAAGCCCCAGAAGUCUGUCUUGUUGAGGAUGUGCGCGGUCAAUAGAGCAUAUGACCAAGUGUUCAGGAAGUCGAUGACAUGUGACUAAUACGGAAGAGAACACAGCACGCCGCAAGGAAGCGCCUCAAGGAUAUGAUCCUGCGUGAAAUAAGUUGUUAACGCCAAGGAUCAGCUGGAGACUACCGCACGCACGCUUUUGCAACUUUAGGUUUUUAUACUACAAGAUAAUUUAGGGUUUUAGGAGAAGGCCACACGGUUGCUAUUGGGUAGAAAGGGUUGACACAGAACUCCAGAGAAAGCUUCGGCGCAAACGAUAUUUUGAAAGCUCCAGCCCAUUCAAAUGUGCACGUUACCUUAUCUCGCUUUAAGCCCCGUUAAGGCGCAAAAUCAAUCGCAGUGCUCUGCAAUGCACUUGGCCUGAGUGGACCUCGUUAUGCGCGCGUUACUGGUUAAAUACCUUCGAUAGUUACAUAUCACUGCGCUCUGUACGACAGGAAGAGGAAGUCACUCUUGAACGCUGCAAGAGGCAACCUUAAGAAUAUACUUCCGUGAACCGACAGCGAAACUACGGAGACAUUGACCCCAGCAGCGUUGCACGUGCUUCCGAAGAAUAGACGAUGUGGAAACGUCGGCGUCCCUCUUGAUUUCUGACCUACGUGCUUAGUCUGAUAGCGUUUGUUUUUAGACGAGCCCUUCCUUGUCCACUGCUUGAAAGAUACACCGCGGUCUGAGCUGCCGUGCGUAGCCGGGCUAACGACUGGGUGCCAAUCCGGAACAUACGAGUUCCAAGACGCUCUCGAGAUGAGGCAUCGCGAAUCCUCCUGGAACAGACGGCAUCACGGUCCCGACGGACCGUGGGCUUGGCUCGUGGCUUCGGCCGCAGCCUGGAAUCUCUUCUGGCUCAGCCUCCUGCGUCGUUCGGGCGGCGUGAUCUUCGUCGCCCUGGUGACCGCCUUCGGCGAGAGCAGGGAGAGGACCAGCUGGGUCAUCAGCCUCAACAUGAGCCUCGCCAUGCUCUUAGGUCCUGUAUGGGGCCUACUGACAAAAUUCCUGUCUCUGAGGACGCAGACCUUGUUGGGCUGUUUCAUCGUCGGCGUGAGCAGCAUCCUGUGCUACUUCGCACGUUCCUUGACAAGUGUGAUCGUCCUGCAAGGCGUCUGUGGUGGAAUAGGCCAGGGAAUCGUGAUGCCGACCAAGGAUCUGCUCAUAGGCUACCACUUCCGGAGGUACCGCGGUUCGGCCAACGGCAUCUACUUCAUCGGUGGCACCCUGGCGGCAUUCCUCUACCCCAUGGUCCUGCUGCUGCUCGUACAGGAGUACAAUCUAGGCGGUGCACUGCUCAUUACGGGAGGCCUCCAGCUCCACGCGCUCGCCGGAUCCCUGUUCUACAGAAAGCCACCCUGGGCCCAAGCCCAGAACGAAACAGAGGCCAGGAGAAACAGUGCCGGACUGAAGGCCAGGGGAGACGACAGGUACAGCACAGGGCGUGAGGUCUCGAAAUCGUCCAAUAGCUACAAGACAGAAGAAGAGCGUACUGUCAACAACCGCGACGUCUCACACUCCGUCGAUGGAACAUUUUCGAAAGCGCUGGUGCCCUGCGCGAAUGGUGACGCCACGGAGUGUAACGGUGCCGUCGGUGUUGCGGACGUUGUCCGAGAAGAAGGACAGCACGGCGAUGGCGUCCUGCUGAACGGUGCCGAGUACGGAAACCAAGAAACCAAUCGUUCUUCUGCAACCGCGAGUGCAGCCGCUGCAUUGCUAAGCGACGAGGCCGGAGUAGCCGUAGAGGAGGGCGCAGCGACCGCUGUCGACCGCACGGAUAAAGACAGGCGAGCAUCGUCAGCUAGCUCCCGCCACUUCGGCUUCCUCAAGUACCCGGUCUUCUACAUGAUCUUCGUGACGUGCUCGUUCAGUGCCUUCUCGAUGUUGCCGUUCACGGUCCUCGUGGACUACGUCAAGGAGAGAGGGUUCAGCGCCCAGGACGGCGCCAUUUUGUUGUCGGUGAGGGCCAUCGGGGACGCCAUUUCGCGUCCCAUGUCGGGCGUGCUCUCCGACAGGGAUCUGGUCGACCGGCGGACGCUCAUGUGCGCCAGCAAGCUGACCGUGGCGUUCGUGUGCGCGCUGCUGCCGCUGGCGACGCAGUCGUACGCUGCGCUGCUCGUGCUGUGUGUGCUUCUUGGCUGGAGUACCGGCACCGCGGUGGUGCUCUUCGUGCCCAUCAUGGCCGACCGUGUCGGUGUGGCCAGCCUGGGGCUGUCCAUGGGGUUCUGCAGGUUCGCCAUGGGUGUGGGUCACCUGACAUGUCCGAUUAUAAUCGGGCAUUUCAAGGACGAGCUCGGCUCCUACGAGGGACUAUUCUACCUCAGCAGCAUUGUGACCUUCUUGGUGGGCUCGCUGUGGCUGGUAGACGCCCUUCGCAUGGUGGUCAUCCGUAGAAGACGAAGGCGUGCCUCAGCUGCAGUACGCUGGGACGCAGUGCCGACAAGUGAACAGCAGAGUUCUGCAGUGCAUUCGUGACAUCUGUUACUCUGUACCUUUUAUGCAUAGUGUGUUACAAUGACUGAAACGUUUUUAACAAUGCAAGUGGCAAGGCCGAGGUGUCCUCCGCAACGCAAAUGUACUGCCAUCAACUACAGAAGGACGUCGACAAGUGUUCUCCAAUCUUCUGUGGCGUAGCGCAAUGCGUGUCGCGCGGGUUACAGUAUUAUAUUUUCUUCAGUGAGUGAAACAAAGACAGCAAACAGAAAGACGCUGGAACCCCGAUGGUAACUCUCAUACAUGCGCCAUAUUCUGCUGGGCAGUCAUGAUUACAAAUGAUAAGAAGUCUUCCGUGGUGUCUCCCUGAUACCUCUCGCUCUGUAUCUUGAUAGCGUGUUGCAUGCAGUGACUGAAAGAGAAACAUCCAGCCUUGGUGUCCUGCCCGACAUAAUAACACGCUGCAUUUCGUUGAAGGCAUUGUAGGCACGCGCCCAACAUGUCGCGUGUGUGUGUGUGUGUGAAAACAUUUAUUAUAAUGAGGUCCGGAGGCUCGACUUCUUAAGCCAAGGCGGGCCAAGGCUCCCACGUUGGCACUGUCAGGCCAAGCCUUUCAGCGACAUCAUGGGCCUUCUGGACAGCCCUUAGUUGGUCCUGAAAUAAUGGGCUUUGAAUCCUUUUCUCCCACUGUGUCCAUUCUUCAACGAGGUUGGGGAGAGUCGCGGGACACCCCGCUAGCAUAUGUCUGAGUCCAAUGAUGCCAUUACAAUCGUUGCAGUCCAUGUUUUCCUGCGCAUAUGGGGAACGUGAACGAGACUCGGGUAAACCUCAAUGAGGUUGCUCAUGACUUGGCAUGAGGACUCGCUAACCGUGACAUUCACAACCGAGCCGUUCAGCAUCAAACCAGGGAAUUUAGAGAUCAUUUAAUAACAUACAAUGGCAUUACCAAACAUUACUAUUUAGGACGCAGGCAAUUCUCAUUGCCACAUUCAAAACUGAACAGGGCUCAGGCAGUCUCACUGCGCUUAUUACAAACGGGUACAUAUCCCACACCGUACACCAUUAAUAAAAUAUAUCCAGCAUGUCGUGGAUACUUCUGGCACGAUCGCUUUUGCAGCACGGCCUGCAUUCGCGGUUGAGUUCUGACGCUAAAAUUUGCCAACGUUGUCGGCAAGAACUGGCGCCGGCCAGUCGUCAUAUGCAUCACAUCAUUGGCUAAGUUGGAUAAUGACAGAAUAUUAGGAAAGAAUGCAUUUGUUAAUUCGGCUCUUUAGCCAUAUUCACAACAGAACACUUACGCUGCGACUAAGUAGAAAUACGAGAAGGCAGCCGGCCCAAGAGCAAAGAUGACUUGCGAACGAAAAACGUUAUGAGUUAGGCCGCUAUUGAUAGAAUUUGCCAAUCUAUCAAUAGAUCUCCAUUUACCCCUGUCCUGGGUACUUGGAGAUCGUAGGGAGAUGCUUUCGUCCUGCAUGGACAUAAAAUAGGCUGAUGACAAUGAUGAUGAUGGUGAUGAUGAUGAUAAUAGAAUUUCAGUGGAGGAGGAGGAGGAGGAAAGAACUUUAUUGUGUGCCCUGCGAGUUGGUGGGGAGGGCCAAAGGCCCCGCCUAGGUGACGGCCAGGAGUUCGUGGGUCCUGGCGACAUCCUCGGCCCGCUGGACGGCCCAUAGUUGAUCCUCGUGGGCGGGGCUGAGCAGCGCGGCUUCCCAGCGCGUGCGAAGGCUGCUGCUAGAGGCCGCGUUUUCUUUAUUAUUUAUCCCUCCGCAUUCCCACAAUAUAUGCUCCAGAGUGGCUCUGAAUUCACAUGUUUUGCAUUUGUCCGUAGGAUAUACAUCCGGAUAUAUGAUGCGCGAGAGCGCAGGAUUCGGAUACGUCCUAGUUUGUAACUGACGCCAUGCGACAGACUGCUUUAUUGUGAAUUUUGCGUGAGGUCGCGGGAAUAUGCGCCUCUGUAACCUAUAAUGUUUCGUAAUGUCAUUAUAUGUUGUCAUUCAGUGCCUGAAAUAAAUAUUCAGACAGAGGGUCCUGCUAAAGUGAGCCGCUAUGUGCCAAGUAAACAUACUCUUCCUAAGGGGCCGUGCAGUUAACUGAUCAGGACUUUCCUGCAGUGUCUUCGUGACGUACCUAGCAGCGGACCACCGUUCUCCGGCAAACGGUGCAAGUUGUGUGGCCUGCCUAGUUGGCAAUGUGCCAGCUGGUGCGCUGUUUUACAAGUGAAUUUCCGCAAGGGGGCCAAGAUUUAAAGCUCUUCAUCGAUUGGAGGAGGCAUCGCUAAUUAGUAAGGCUCCUCGGCGAUUCCUACGGAUGCCUUAGAAACACCCACCGCUACAGCGUAUCUGGUAGACGCCGUAUGUACUGAGUUAAUUAGUUUUGUCUCAAGAAUCACCGAUGAACGCUAUUUAAGGGCAGGGCCGUUCAGUGGGAAGGCCUUGCGGUACUGUACUUUCUGUGUACAGGUACCUAUAGAGUUGAGGCUGAUUUCCGAGUGAAGAAACAUUCUAUAUUUAUUUUCUAGUAGUACACUCAUCUGCUUGUAUAAAUUGUUAAGUGAACUUGUGUUCUGCAUUCUACAACUUAUUGAUCAAGUGAUCAUUAUUUGCUGCUCACCCCCCGCCCACAUGUAAUGGCCUGCAGGGCCCUUCGGGUACAAAUAAAUAAAUAAAUAAAUAAAUAAAUAAAUAAAUAAAUAAAUAAAUAAAUAAAUAAAUAAAUAAAUAAAUAAAAACCGACGUUCGACCUUCGAUCAGAGGUUCUCCUGGGACAGAUAGGUGGAAGAUCAAUUAUGCCACCAUUCGGAAUCUAUAUAUUGGCAUAAAAGAAGGUGCUGCUAGGGCAACUUGUUCAGAAUUACAGGUUUAGCAAUCAUACACCUUAGGACAGGACAACAGAAGGUGCAGGACAUGCGCUUUGAUAGUGUCUUCGACAGUGUUUGCCGCGGGUCUGCGUUCUUUUGUCCCGUCCUGUAGCAUGGCACAAAUAUGCGCUCGUGGAACCUGCAUAUAGGCGUUACAGUCGGUACCAGUGGGGACCAUUUGUCGUUUUUCAGAAGCCUCCCGGCUGCGAGUGCGAAGCUUGUGUUAGCGGCUGCCCAGGCAGCUGGAGAGACCGCUUGAAGUAACUUGCGACAUCGAGUGGUGAUGUUGCUUGUUUUAAAUAGCGAUUCAUAGGUUUUUCUCUCUUGAUUAUACAUCAGCAGCACACGCCACUGCCUUGUCCGCUAAGCUUGCAGAGCCCAACCUGAGCGUUUACGCCGUGGCUACAAGUACUCAGUACAUGACUGUAGUCGGUGGCACAAAACGGAGCAGGCGAGAGGCGUCAUAUCAUUUCCGGAAUAGGCCUUGUUGAUCGCAAUCUAAUAUUGUUAAACAUAGCGUACGCACGGACUCUUUUGAAAGCACAAGCGUAGGCUUUGUCGGCCGCGAGCCAGCGAAGUUCUGAAGGGCGACGAUCAGUCAA